AUGGCAGAGGUGAUGUAUCAGCGAGCACUGGCAGGCAAAGAAAAGGCCCUGGGUCUUAAUCAUACCUCCACUCUUGAAACUGUCAACAACCUUGGAAGUCUCUACUAUGAUCAGGGGAAGCUGAAGGUGGCAGAGGAAAUGUACAAGCAAGCACUAGCAGGCUACGAGAAAGCCUUAGGUCCGCAUCAUGAAACAUAUCCGCCCUCUCUCAGUACUGCCAAUAACCUUGGACUUGUCUACUCUGAUCAGUGGAAGCUAGGAGAGGCAGAGGAGAUGUACCAGCGAGCACUGACAGGCUAUGAGAAGGCCCUGGGUCCAGAUCAUACGCUCACUCUUGAGACUGUCAAUAACCUUGGGAAUUUCUACUCUGAUCAGGGGAAACUGCAAGAAGCAAAAGAGAUGUACCAGCAUGCACUGGCGGGGAUGGAAAAGGCCCUCGGUCCAGACCACCCGUCCACUCUCACUACAAUAAACAACCUUGGCGUUGUCUACUUUGACCAGGGGAAACUACAAGAGGCUGAAGAGAUGUACGAUCGAGCACUCGCAGGAACGGAAAAAGUCCUCGGUCCAGAUCAUACGUCCACUCUUGAUACGGUUCACAAUUUUGGGAGUCUUUACAAGAAAUUGGGGAAGUUGCAAGAGGCAGAAGAGAUGUAUCAGCGAGCACUAGCAGGCUACGAGAAGGCCCUCGGUCCAGACCACCCGUUCACUCUCACCACAACUAACAACAUUGGCCUGGUCUACUUUGACCAAGGGAAACUACAAGAGGCUGAAGAGAUGUACGAUCGAGCACUCGCAGGAACGGAAAAUGUCCUUGGUCCAGAUCAUGCGUCCACUCUUGAUACGGUUCACAACCUUGGGAGUCUUUACAAGAAAUUGGGGAAGUUGCAAGAGGCAGAAGAGAUGUACGAUCGAGCACUAGCAGGCUAUGAGAAGGCCCUCGGUCCAGAUCAUACAUCCACACUUCGUACACUCAACAACCUUGGGAGACUCUAUUCUAAUCAGGGGAGGCUGCUAGAGGCGGAGGAGAUGUACCAACGAGCACUUACAGGCUACGAGAAGACCCUCGGUCCACAUCACAAAAGGACUCAGCGGCUCAAAGAGAGGUUAAAUGGGCUAGGCAUCGCAGAUUGA